AUGUAUGGUGGAAUUGGUUUAGGGUUUAGGAAAGCAGUUAUGUCGUGUAGAAGACACUUGCAUACAACAGUGUCCCGUGAUGGUCCCACAGAGACAUUGAAGAGGAGAAUAACGGAAUUGGAGAAAAUAAGGAGGUCAAAGAAGAAAUCUAAAAAAAAAGACGACAUUUUUGUCCAGGUUCCGGAAUCCAUGUCAUUCCUUGACACUGCAACUAUGCCUAUGAUUCUCACUGUUGUUGGAACUGCACUCGUUGCAAAGCUGCUCAUGAUGUAUGACGAUUCACACUCGCAAGAAAUGAUAGAGCGCAAAAUUAAGAAUGCUCCAGUUGGUCAAGGGACAGUUAGGAUGCUUAGUCGUGAGGAAUGGGUGGAAUUCAGAGAAGUGAGGCCGAGGACUCCUUUUGAAUCCAAGCUUGCUCGUCCUAAUGCACGCAUAAGAACCGAAGAACCGGUGCGCAUGGAAGAUUUGAAGGAUUGGACAAUUGAUGUGCUCACAGAUGCCCUCACUCGUGUUGAAGAAAGCGUUAAACGCAAUUCGUAG